AUGAGUAUUCUAUCACCGAAAAAGAAAAAUGUUUAUCUUGAUAAGAUAAAUGAUAAUUUAAUAUUAUUUUUUCGAUUUAUGGAAAAAUUUAAUCAAAUUCUUAAUGAAUUAAGUCAAUUGAGUAAUGGAGCAACAGUUCAUAUCAAUGAUAUUGAACGAAUACUUGGAAAUGAUGAUGAUGAUGAUAAUAAUAAUGACAAUGAACAUGAAAAUUAUGAACAACGAUUAAUAUCUUAUCAUGAAAAAGAAUUAAUGGCUGAUGAAAAGUUAUGUCAAUUAAAUGAGAAUUUAAAUAUUUCAAUGCGUGACAUUCAACAAUCUUGGAAUACACUUGAAAAACAAGGUGCAGCAAUAUUAAAAUUAGUCAAUCAAUUACCUAAACUUAUUCGUCUAUUUCUUGAUACAACUAAAAAUGAUGUUGACUUUAAUGAUCCAUAUUUUCGAUCUGAAAUUACACAUCUUAAUGAUCAAUUUCCUAUUAUUGGACAAUUUUAUUAUGAAUUAUGUCUUGAAAUUCAAAUCCAUUUUCUUGAUUUAUCAAAUAUGAAAAAAAUAAAACAUUUAGCAACUAUUUUAGAUUUACUUUCAUCUCGAUCAAUAUCGAUUUCAGUACCUAUUCAAAUUAUUCGUCAAAUACAGACAAAACUUAAUUGA